CAGAUAAAGGGAAAGACAAAUUCAAUGAAGAAAUCAAAGGUGCCGGAGAUUGGACAAACACAACAAUAAAGUCUUUUUCAUCAAAGAAAACGAACAGAUCAUUGACUCUCGGUACUGUGAGAGGGGAAGCUGCGGGUCAGGAAACUACUCCUUCCAAAUCCCUAUCAGCAAGUUCGUCCCCACCAACAUGCGUGUCACUGUCCAGAUGAAUACUACAGAGCUGCUGGUUGUCCACCUGUGUCAUAAUGAUGAGAUGUUUAAAUGCUCUGCCUUGAUGGACCACGAUCAAACCAACGAAGAAUACAAUUUCAUAAAUACACAGGGCUACGUCCAUGAAUGGCCUCUGCCAGUGUCUCGAUUCUACAGGAGCUCCUACCACUUCCGCUCAGCAGUGGCUGGCCAGGCAGACUGCAAUACCGACCGUGGCUUCGUGGGGGCGCUGUUCACAGACUACCACUUCAACUUCUACCGGAGGUGUGAGUGAGGAAGAAGACCUCACACUACAGUUCCUCUGGCAGGCCAGCCAGUGUCCAAUGACACGGGUGUCGAUGCUUCUCUUCGUGAUGUCUGGCAACCGUAAUAAUUCAUCCACUUUGUAUUGUUUUUCUAUGAAAUGUCCUGAUUGGUGAUGAGAUCGUUGUAUAUAAUCUCUUUUACAAGGACUGUAAUGAGAUAAUAUUUAUUGAGACAGAAUUACAGUAGAUAAGAGUCGUAAUGAUUCACUUUGCCUUGUGACAGUUCUUGCACUAUGUGAAAAGAGAUUGAGUUGGAACAGACCUGAACGGGAUCAUUUUGUUUUCAGUGGAAUGUAAAUGCAGAAUAACAGGUUAUUUAUUGAUUGUUCAUUAAACUAUACAUUGAUCAUGUCACACUGUUGGAACACAGGAGGACAGGAUGAGUCACAAAGUAAAAUAGUACUUAUAUCUCAAACUUGACUAUGUAGGUAGCUAAUUACAUUUAUUUCAGAAAGUAAUUGUGUUGAAUUCUGUGUUACUGCAUCAUUUCCUAGUAAUUACCAGGUAAAUACCAUUGGAAACUGUAAAAUAAAGUACUGAAUUCUC